GGCCUACGCAGGGCGAGGGCUGGGCCGGUGGUUAUAAAUCCCCGGAGCAAAGCGCUGCCGCGCGGUUCGAUCCCGAGUCCUUGGCGGGGCGGCGAGUUGGCUGGGACCCAGCGGGGCGGGAGCUGCCGCCGCCGCUGUUGCUGCCUCUUCUACAAAGAAGAAUCCAGAAGAAUGUCGGCACUGAACUGGAAGCCAUUUGUUUAUGGAGGCUUAGCUUCAAUCACUGCAGAAUGUGGUACUUUCCCAAUUGAUCUGACCAAAACACGUCUCCAGGUUCAAGGUCAAACUAAUGAUGCCAAAUUUAAAGAGAUCCGUUACAGAGGAAUGGUGCAUGCACUAGUGAGGAUAUGGAGAGAAGAAGGGUUGAAAGCACUAUAUUCUGGGAUUGCCCCUGCAAUGUUACGCCAGGCUUCAUAUGGAACAAUAAAAAUAGGCACUUACCAAAGCUUGAAGAGAAUGUUUGUUGAGCAACCAGAAGAUGAAACCCUGGUGAUAAAUGUAUUAUGUGGCAUUCUUUCGGGGGUGAUUUCAUCAUCUAUUGCCAACCCUACAGAUGUUUUGAAGAUCAGAAUGCAGGCCCAAGGCAGUGUGAUUCAAGGAGGAAUGAUGGGCAAUUUCAUACAAAUUUACCAAAAAGAAGGCACUAGAGGACUAUGGAAAGGGGUGUCCCUAACAGCUCAGAGAGCUGCUAUUGUUGUGGGAGUGGAGCUGCCGGUCUAUGAUCUCACCAAGAAGCACAUAAUUAUGUCUGGACUCAUGGGAGACACUGUGUAUACUCACUUUCUCUCAAGCUUCACCUGUGGAUUAGCUGGAGCACUUGCAUCAAAUCCAGUUGAUGUUGUGAGGACACGGAUGAUGAAUCAGAGAUUUCAAGAUGGAACACAGUCAGGGUACAAGGGUACUUUGGAUUGCUUGUUACAAACAUGGAGGUAUGAAGGCUUUUUUGCUUUAUAUAAAGGAUUCUGGCCAAACUGGUUGAGACUCGGUCCUUGGAAUAUUAUCUUCUUUCUGACAUAUGAACAACUGAAGAAAUUGGAUUUCUGAAAGAUGCUAGAUUGUGUAAUAAAUCAGUAAACUGUGCUGACAUGGUAUUUGAACUCAAGGCAUCUUUUUAAGAAUGCUCUUCAGUGUUUUCUCAUCGGAGCAUAGGACUUGCUGGUAAAACGCAGGAAGAGCAUCAGAAGAACAUUGUAAAUCAAGACCAUACAUAAAAUGAUCUCAGAACUGUGGAUGCUUAACUGAUAUGCCAAAUGCUAUGCACCAAUUAUUGAAAUAGAACCUAAAGUUGGCAAUACUCCUCUAUCAACUGUUUAAAUGCUGUUAGACAUAAUGUAUGGUACAACUCCAAAGGUUUUUCUGCUGAAAUGUUGUACUUCUGGAUGAAAUUUUAAUAGGAAAAGAGCUACAUCUGUUUGUCCAGAGGUAAGUAGGUAAUGGAAGAGCCUCACUCUUUCGUCCAUGCUCAUGAAACUUGAUAUAUUAAUGUGGUCAUAAAUAGUUCUGAAAUUUUCAAUGCCUUGGAGUUCAAGUGCAGGACACUGAAAAUUUUAUUCCUAGAGACUGCAGGUCUUUGUAAAAAUAUUUGUUAAAUGAGCUUCUGGAUUUAGAGCACAUUUCUGUUGCCGUCUAUCAUUUAAAUGUAUAUGUAACUUGCGCUGGGAGCAAUGAAGCUUCAGUUUAACAUAACUUGUUACUGUCACCAUUUUGCAUGUUUGAGAAAAGUCUGGCAUUUUUUAAGAUACCUUAUUCUUGGUCUUCAAUAGAAGGGAUUCUAACAUGUUUCAUCAAGAAAUUAAUAUCUAUAGACUUUUAAAAAUGUAGUAAAAAUAGAGCAUUUACUCUCCCAUCUGCCUCCUGUGCAAGAGGGAAUUAAUUUUUCAAUACUUGUUUGAUUCUUAUGAAGAGGAUCUGCUUUAAGCAGUUAGUGGCUGUCACACAUCACCUGAAAGAUGCAUGCUACACAUUGAGGCCGUUGAACCACUGAAAGCUCAAGAAAUGCAGAUGUUUACAUACAGAGAGCAUACAUCCAAAAGAGGCAAUCUAAUGUAUUGCUACCUUGCUAAACAAGAAUUAUAGGAGAAUUGUGCUCAUCAGUGUUGAUGCUUUCAUUUAGCAAAACGAGUUCAGUUGAAAUUACUCUAAUAGUACUUCUUUUAAGAGCAGUAUGAGUUGACUUCUGUGUAGGUUCUACUUUUUCUUUGAAUUAUGCAACAAAACUUUCUGCCAUAAACUAAAGAAAAUUAGUAUCAGGAUUACUGUAUGAAUGCAAUUUAUUCAGUUACAAAAGCAUGGGAUUGAAUGCCUAUUCUGGAUCCACUGCGGCUUGCAGUGUAGGAUUAUUAAGUGUACAGUUAGUUGUGGUGUAUGGAGAUUCAUCUUGAAACAUUUGUUACAAUACCUGCAUAUUCAUACAUUCCACUUAAAGCAAUUCAUGUUCUAGUGUGGAUUUAACUCUUAAUAUUUCAAUGUUUAAAUGGUUGGUUUCAAGAUGCACAAAGUAGGUAUUUUUUAAAUGCACAAGGCACUUUUCUUCUGAAAAUACCAAGCGUUAAGGUAAAAGCAUUAUUUUUCAGUGUUUCAGUAUUUUUAAGGCAAAAAUUAUGAUGCAUAGGUAUGCUCGUGUGUGCUGUCUGUAUUACUGCAAUUCUUCUAUUUUUGUGUAGAAAACUUUGUAAAAUAUUUUUUGUACAGAAUGUAAAACAAAAUUAAGGAUAUAUCAUUUAAACUUUUUAGAACUUAAACACUUUUUAGAAUGAGUAAAAUGCAUUGUCGCUGUGUUGAUGGACAUUUGCUUACAAAUGGAACGUAGGAAUUGUUCUGAGGCAUUUGGUUACAGUGUAAUUAGAAUGGUCAGUAAGAGAAUUUUCUGCUGGUACUGCAAACUGUAUGUUGUAAUUCAUCAUUUAGCUACAUUAAAAUGGGGUUCCUGUAACUAAAAAUGUACAUUUCAGACAGUCUCAAUAGGCUAAUAGUAACAAAUCAUGUGGGAAGUCUGACGAGCUAAUUCACUUCCAGUUUGAUAGGCUUGUAGACCCAAGGGCUCCAUGAUGGUAAAGGGUCAGACUAUCCUUUGGAUGUUCGGUACCCCCGGCUGCUUAACACCAGAAUCUUUGAUCCCAAUUGGAAUACCUUUGUUUGUAAAGGGUUGCUGUGGGUAAAAUGGAAAUCCUGACCGUAACUACGAGUGUUUAGAAGUCCUCACAGUUCAGUGUCUCUUAUCCUGCCCUGAUGUUAAGGAAGAAUUUGUGUUCCCCAACCUUUUCCAAACCAUGACUCCAUGUUACAACAGAAAAGUCUUGGGACCACAUUCCCAUCUAACUAGAGAGAAAAGGAAUGUUUGCAAUUUCCCAGAGUGGGAUCCCAUGCCACAGAUAUUGAAAACACUAGCUUACGAUCCUAAAUGGCAUGAAGGCAUCAAAAUAGCCUUGCCCGGCAGUGCCGGUGCUCUUAAACAACUUCUCUUAAGGAAAAGUCUGUGGGGGGGAAAAAAAGACAUUUAAGCUAAGUUAAAUGUUUGAAAUUAACAGUUGUAAUUGUACUUUCACCUACACAUUCGUAUUAAUAGUAUGAGCCUCUUGCAGAAAUGUUCUAUUUGUCUGGUAUGACUGAAUUCUCAAUGCUGCUUGAUAUGCAGAAUGGUCAGGUUACCCCAAUCCACUGUACCAUAAAGUUGAGUUUAUGGGCAGUGUAUAUGUCUCAUUUGCAGUAAUAUGCACCACCUGUGAAAUGACAUUACUAACCCUUCAUGCUGCAAUUUAUCACAUUGAAAGGGAUAUGCAAAUAUUAAGAAAAUCACCAAAGCAACUAUCUUUAUUGUGCCAAAAAUCAUCGACUUGUAGAAUUGCAUCACUUUGUUUUCAUAUUAGAUGAUAUCAUUGUGUUCUGAAAUAUUGAACAUGUUUCGUUCAGCCCAAUUUGUUACUGCUGCUCAUAGAUUUAUUGUGCUAGUGAAGUUAUUUAUUCAUAUGGAAUGUUACAGGGAAACUGAAUGUUUUUAUGCUUUGUAUUCACAUGCCUUAUCUGCAUGGGAAAACGUGUCUUAUUUCAGCAUAAUAAAUACAUGUGGGGGGAGAAUGUAAGAUGCUUUGGCCUGUGGGGAGCUAAAAUAAAUAACUAAACUAAACUCACUCGACUUGAUUUUCCCAUUUCAACAAUGCUUAUUGCCCAAUUAACAAUCAAGAUUGUGUGUAAAUCCUCUUCGCCCCUAGAUCUAAGUAAAACACUGUAAUUUAAUUCUGCCAACCUCGUAAUAUCGUGAAAGUUUAACCAUU